AUGCCACGAGGAUCAAUGCAGAACUUCAACUAUGGCUCGGACCCGGACAAUCCCAGCUCGUCACAAGAGUCGUUGGAGGCACCGCAAAAUACUCCAGAAGAUGGCGAGUCACCUAUCCGGGUGCAUUUUCGAUCCAAUCAGGAUGCCCUGCGAGGGGCUCACCACGAGCCGCCGAGUCAGGGUCUCCACGAAGAAUGGGAUCAUGCUCACUCCCAAGGGCUGCCCCAUCGACCAACAAUGCCAUAUUCACAUGAGACUGAGGAUAUUACCGAUACGCCCUUGCAGGAUCGCGAGUCUCAGCCGAGCGAGACUCAAGGCGGGGACGGUGUCGAGAGGGCAGAUCAGCAAAAAGCACAAGGGGAGAAAAAGGAACCCGAGCACCCUCCUCCUGAGCAACUAGGAGCAAGGGAGAAAUGGCGGGCGAUGGCACGAAAUUGGAGAGAGAAAGCCUCCCAGUUGGGUGACCGUCUUGGCCGUCCACAGACCGAAGGAGAUGACUUGUCGGCGGGCAAGUAUCACGCGGACUGGGCGACGGGUGGUGCAGCUGCCUUGUCCGACAUGACCGAUAACAAGCAUAAAAGUGAAGAAGACAAAAAGCGGCACCAGAAAGGGAGCAGUUCUGAGGCUCACCGUAUGGUGCGGGAUCUGACCCAAGACCAUUCCCAGAAACGUCGCAAAGGUCGCGGGAAGCCUUAUCCGCACGCGGGAAACGAAUUCCAAAACGAGGAAAAUGAGACUGGAGCAGAUGCGAGCUUGAGAUAUCGCUCUGGCGGUGGUGGUAUUCUGUCGCAGUUGAUCAAAUUGAACGGGGGCCAGCAGGGCCAGCAGGGUCAGCAGGGUCAACAACCAGGUGGUGAAAAUCAGCCUCGAAAAUCAACUUCUUCUGACUCGUUGCGCAGCACCGAAUCCGCACCCGCUGCCGGAGGCGGGAAGCCCAAAAAACAAAAGCCUGUGAAAUGGUAUAAAAAGCCCCAAAACACGUCCACCUCCACCUUGAUUGGAGGGACAGCGGAGUCUUUCAGUGGUGCAAGCACUCCCGUUUCAAGCGAAGUUCUAUCGCAGGCCUCCCAGCGACGCAAUAAGGAAGGCGGCGGCGAUGCUGCUCUGGCUGGUGGUGGGAACCGACAGAUGCGACUUGAGGAUGAAAUUCGCGUAACAGUGCACAUUGCCGAGAUUAUCUGUCGACAACGAUAUAUCAUGCAGCUGUGCAGAGCGUUGAUGUUGUUUGGCGCUCCUACGCAUCGACUUGAAGAGUACAUGCAGAUGACCUCAAAGGUUUUGGAGGUCGACAGCCAAUUUCUCUAUUUGCCAGGCUGCAUGAUUAUGUCGUUCGAUGACCCUUCCACCCGCACAACGGAGGUGAAGCUGGUUCGCGUGGCUCAGGGAGUCGAUCUUGCUCGCUUAUCGGACACCCAUCUCAUUUACAAAAAUGUCAUUCAUGAUGUGAUCGGCAUUGAAGAAGCUGUAACUGAGCUUGAUACCAUUGUGAAGAAAAAGCCUCGGUAUGCUAAAUGGAUUGUUGUUUUGGUAUAUGGUCUGGCCACUGCCACGGUUGGGCCUUUCGCCUUCAGCGCCAGACCGAUUGAUAUGCCGAUCAUUUUUCUAAAUGGGAUUCUUGUUGGCCUGAUGCAACAUGUUGCUGCACCUCGCUCGGUGUUAUAUUCAAAUGUCUUCGAAGUGACAUCGACCGUGGUGACCUCCUUUCUCGCCCGGGCCUUUGGUAGCAUCGCACUUACAGUGGUGGAUGGUAAACCACAGUAUCUGUUCUGCUUUUCUGCCAUAGCCCAAGCUUCGAUUGCCUUGAUUUUACCGGGAUUCUUGGUGCUGUGUAGCAGCUUGGAGCUCCAGUCGCAUCAGAUCAUUGCCGGCUCGAUUCGAAUGGUGUAUGCGAUCAUCUUUUCUUUAUUUAUCGGAUAUGGCAUCACCGUCGGCACGACGGUCUACGGGUUGAUGGACAACGCUGCCGUCUCAGAUACCUCCUGUCCGUCAAAGGGAGCGUUUAAGAACCCCUACGUUCAACGGUUCCCAUUUGUCGCGGUCAUGACAGUCUGGCUCUUGAUCAUCAAUCAAGGAAAAUGGAAACAGCUCCCACCCAUGAGCAUCAUCGCGUUGUCGGGUUACAUUAGCAACUACUUCAGUACGAAGAAACUGGGAUCGAAUUCUCAGGUGGCAAAUACGGUCGGGGCGUUUACCAUUGGGAUUAUGGGAAACUUGUACAGUCGAUUUUGGCAUGGCCACGCUGCAACCGCUAUUCUACCUGGCAUUUUCAUUCUCGUGCCAUCUGGACUUGCCGCAACUGGCUCCCUCAUCACCGGUGUACAGUCUGCAGAUGAGAUUCGACAGAAUGUGUCGUCUCAUGGUGCUGCUAGUUCGGCUCCCGGGGCUGGCCUGUCAUCCAACAGUUCUGUGUUCAGUCUAGGAUUUGGUAUGAUCCAAGUUGCUAUCGGCAUUACUAUCGGUUUGUUCAUAUCUGCACUGGUGGUUUAUCCGUACGGCAAAGCCCGUAGCGGUUUAUUCAGUUUCUAA